AUAUAGCUAUAGAUCUUGCAUCCCAUGAAUCCAACGCCAUCAGACCAGUGCUGAUUUCUCAUACACAUAUCGAUCGAGACAAUCUCUCAUGGAUCUCCGAGCAGUUUUCCAGUCCAUGGACAAAGACGGCGACGGGAGGCUCUCCGCGGCCGAGCUGGCACUCUGCGUGGCCACCACCGGCGCGGAGUUCUCGCUCGAGGACGCCGAGGCGCUCGUCGGCGUCGGAGGGUCUCUCGACUUCGAGGCCUUCGAGGAGCUCGCCGCGGCGGCCGCGGCGGAGCCGUCGGAAGAGGAGGGGAGUGACGGGGAGCUGAGGGCGGCGUUCACGGUGUACGAGCAGGAGGGCGAGGGGGGCAUCACGCCCUGGAGCCUCAGACGGACGCUGAGCCGGCUGGGCGAGAGGAGGGACAUCGACGAGUGCCGCAGCAUGAUCUGCAGCUUCGAUCUCGACGGAGAUGGAGUCAUCAGCUUUGACGAGUUCAGGAUGAUGAUGAUGGCGGUGGUGGUGCAGUCUUCUUGAACAGACGAGGAAUAUUCCGGCCAUCUGCACUAGCUAGCUAGCUAGCUAGCUUGGAGUUUAUGUAAAAAAAUUCAUGUUCAUUUAUUCCUUCAUUCAUUAUUAUAAAUAAUAUUUUCUCUCUUAUAA